UGAAAGUUACUCGUAAUUCUUAUGUAUUACUUUCGUAUAUUUUUGAAAAUAGCGGGCGUAUGUAGAGAAAUUACUAUAUUUGAGUUGGUAAUAGUCGUAGCACAUGCGCGAAAACACUGUGAAAGCUGUUAUAAGAUUCAGGUUAAGAGACUCCAAAAUAAUUUACGUUUCAAAGCCGUUCAUAAAUGGCAUAUAAAAAUUCGCUAUUAUAUGUGUGCAGUGUAUUCAAUUUCAAUUUUUAAUGUGACGCCAAAAAUUCAUGAUUACGCGAUCGAGUAAAAACGGCUACGGAAUUUAUUUAACUGUCACGCGUGAAAUGUCGAAGCAACGGUCUGCAAAAAAUGAGAAGAUGCGGAAGGGAACGACCACUGAUAAUCAAUCUACAGGACCUGUAGUUUUAAAUAAAGAUGGAAAUGUAGUGAUAAAAAUUCAGGCUAAACCUGGAGCAAAAUGUAACAAUAUAACCGAUAUUUCCGAUGAAGCAGUAGGCAUUGCAAUCUCAGCCCCACCAAUGGAAGGCGAAGCAAAUGCCGAACUUGUUAAAUAUUUAGCUUCGAUUUUUGAAUUAAGAAAAUCCAAUGUAUCUUUGGACCGUGGAUCUCGAAGUCGGCAAAAAACAGUUACAGUAUCAGGAAUUACAACAGAUCAGGUUUUAGCGAAAUUAAAAGGAGAAAUGGGCAAUUAAAAAGUUUUCUUUUACUGCGUAAAAAUUUUUUUUAUCAUU